UCACAUUAGAUAAUAGGUCAUGGGUAGUUUUUGUAGAGUUGCUUUGACUUCUUCGCUGUGCACCAGAGCAAGAUAACUUUAUCUCGCUAUGGUUUUGGAUCAUGGUUUGUCACAUUUAAUGCCCACUGGUCAUAUGUAGCCUACUGUUUGAAGAAGAUACUGACUUUUAUGGGUAAUAUCUAUUCAUCAUUAUUAACACUAAAUUGUAUAGGGGCUAUAUUUCAAGUUUUUUUUUUGUUUUUUUUUUUUACAUAAUAAUUCAAGGCUGAUAAGAAGGUUUCAGUUCUUUUCAUUUCAGUUGUUUCAGGAGGGUUUUGUUUUUAACCCAAGGGAAACCACAUAACACAGGCAUAAAGCUUUUCCUGUUUAGUAGCUUUGCCUCCUGCUCCCUGUGAACAUGACUUUUGUCAACGAUGCUCAGAGUUUUCGGGCCAUUUUCCUCAUAUGGUCAGUUAUUUUCCAGCCUUGUUUAUGUCAACAAGAGGGGAAUGUGACAGACUACAUGGAUAUCAGCUCCUAUACCUUUGAUUAUAGUGACAUUCCUCAGCUGUGUGACAAAGCGUACAACCACCAGUUCCGCCUAUGGUUCAUGUCAACCUUCUUCUCCAUCAUCAGCUUCGCUGGACUGGCGGGGAACCUCUUGAUCAUCCUCACAGUCAUCUACUUUAACCGCCUCAAGACCAUGACAGAUGUAUACCUGCUCAACUUGUCAUUUGCUGAUCUGCUCUUUGCAUUCUCACUCCCCUUUUGGGCAGCCAACUGCUUGGCAGAGUGGAUGCUGGGUGUAGUUUUGUGCAAGAUCAUGCACACCAUUUACAAAGUCACCUUUUACAGCAGCAUGUUACUUCUUUGUUUAAUCAGUGGGGACAGGUACUUUGCCAUAGUCAAGGCUGUUUCUGCUCACCGCCUCCGCUACCAAACCAUGUUCUUCAGCAAGGUGUCAUCCGCUAUUGUCUGGACCGUAGCCCUGAUUGUCUCCAUACCAGAAAUGAAAUACACCAGAGUCACUAACAACACAUGUACACCUUUCUCCAGUACUUCUGACCCACUUCACAUAGGGAUCCAGACAAGCCAGAUUGUUGUAGCGUUUGCCCUUCCGCUCUUGGUCAUGAGCUUCUGUUACAGUAAAAUUGUCCAGACCCUUUGUCGGGCUCAAAGCUUUGAGCGGAAUAAGGCUGUCAAGGUGAUUCUUGUUGUGCUAGUUAUCUUCGUGGUCUGUCAGCUCCCUUACAAUGUGGUCUUGUUUUGGACCACACUUGUCGUCGCAUACGGAGGAACUACAGACUGCAAGUAUGAGAACAACCUCCAGUAUGCCACUGAUGUCACUCAGUGUGCGGCCUUCCUAAGGUGCUGCCUCAACCCCUUCGUGUAUGCCUUUAUUGGCGUUAAGUUUCGCCAUGACCUUCUGAGGCUACUCAAGAAAUUGGGUUGCGUGAGCCAGGAGAUGUUCUUCAAGUAUACCUGUCGCAGUUCUCCUGCCUUAGACACCGACACCACCACCACAUUUUCACCCUAAGACAGCACAGUGCCAACUCCCACCCACAUACCUCAAGUGAGAAAUACUGUUUACAUUUUUUGAUUUCUGAUGGUGUUUCGGUCAAUGUCGGCGAUGUAAACUGAAGUUGUACGUUAGUCUGAACGUGCCCUUAACUUACGCUAACGCAGCAGUAAAAUCUUAAUUUGUAUGAAAAACACUUCUAGGCAAUAAAUAUAAAACAUAAAAUUGAAAAACAGCAAGCACAGUGCUAACUGAGCGAGACUUCCUGUGUCACGUGACAAUGUAUUUUUACGCCACAAACUGUGUGGUGUUUGCAACCUUAUAAUGUCGUAUGUUGAUCGUAAACCGAGGACCCCAUGUACUGUAUCUAGCAGCUACUGUAUAUGAUUCAGGUAAAUUACAAUUACAAUGGACCCCCGCAAUUCACAGGAGACAGGGAUAGCGAAAAGCGAAAAUCCACAGAUAAUUCAUGCCCAUUUUCAUUGCAUUGAAACAUUUUUUCUUGAAUGAGCGGGGAUAAAUUGCCAGCAAGCAUUUUCGGGGUUGGUCCACCCCUCCCCCCUAAAAAAAAAAACAAAAAGAAAUGAAAAAUGAAAAAUACAUUUAAAAAUUGAAAAACAUUUUUUUAAAAAUGUGAAAUAAAAUCUGCAAACAGGUGCAUCUGUGGUGGGGGGUGGACGUGAGUAUGCGGGGUUCCACUGUAAUUUAGCUUUUUUAACCAACUGGAUUUGUUUUUGUAUUUUGUCUCUUCAUUUUUUCCCAAUAAGGAUUUGUUGCAUGGUAUUUGUGCUCUUUAAUAAACAUAUGUAUGUUUUAAA